UGGAGAGGCGGACAGCGGCGGAGAGGCGGACAGCGGCGGAGAGGCGCACAGCGGCGGCGCAGGCGCGGAGAGGCGCAGGCCCAGGCUCCACUCCCCAGCUGUGAAAGGAGGAGCUCUACGGUGACUUUGAAGACUUGGAAACAGGGGACGUGCACAAGGGAAAAUCGGGCCCCGACACUCAGAAUGAAGAUAUAGAGAAACAAGGAAGAAAUUGACCCCGACGAAGAAGAAAGUGCCAAGAAAAAGCAUUUGGAUAAGAAGAGAAAAUUGAAGGAGAUGUUUGAUGUGGAAUAUGAUGAAGGAGAAAGCACAUAUUUUGAUGAUCUUAAAGGAGAAAUGCAGAAAGAAGCACAGCUGAAUUACGUAGAAUUUGAAGAUCAAGAUGAUGAAGCCAGAGUUCAGUAUGAGGGUUUUCGACCUGGGAUGUAUGUCCGCGUUGAGAUUGAAAAUGUUCCCUGUGAAUUUGUGCAGAACUUUGACCCCCAUUACCCCAUUAUCCUGGAUGGCUUGGGCAACAGCGAGGGAAAUGUUGUACACGUGCAGAUGCGUCUGAAGAAACAUCGCUGGUAUAAGAAAAUCCUCAAGUCCCAAGAUCCAGUCAUAUUUUCUGUAGGGUGGAGGAGGUUUCAGACCAUCCUGCUGUAUUAUAUCGAAGACCACAAUGGAAGACAAAGGCUUCUAAAGUAUACCCCACAGCACAUGCAUUGUGGAACAGCCUUUUGGGACCCUAUCACUCCACAGGGAACUGGUUUCUUGGCAAUACAGUCUGUCAGUGGCAUAAUGCCUGAUUUUCGGAUAGCUGCCACAGGAGUUGUCCUUGAUCUGGAUAAAUCUGUAAAAAUUGUGAAGAAAUUAAAGCUAACUGGUUUUCCAUAUAAAAUUUUCAAGAACACUUUAUUUAUUAAGGUCUGUAUAUCUAUAUAUUCUCAUAUUUAUAAAUGUCCAUAUUGUUUGAGAAAAGGAAUGAAAUACCUCUAAAAUGUGGGCCUCAUAUUUUUAGAAAAGUGUUUGAAAUCUUUUAUAAACUUCAUAUUUUGUUUGCUCCUUUAUAUUCUGUAUUACUUAAAUAUGCUCAAAAAAGCAGUGGUAAACAGCUAUUUAAGAAUUGAGGCUGUUACUCCUGACUUCCAUGUGAGACUGCCACAGAACUCAUAUUGAAAAUAUGUAAUUUUAUCCACUAGGUUUUGUUUCCUACUUUUUAAAUUGGUGUUAAGAAAGGGAAAAAAAUCACAAGUUUGUCUAACUCAGUAGAAAAAUUGACAAAGUUCUGUGCAGAUUGUGUCUGCCAGGCGAGCACUAAGAUUACUGUUUCUGAGAUCUUUUGGUUGCUAUCAGACUGGACUCAAUUUUUUUUCUACAUUCUCAAGGUUAAGUUGAAACAGUAUUACCCAUUAUUUAUAAAUGGUAAGUGUUUAGGUUUUGCCUUGUGUUACAAACUAGAAUGUUAAUAAAAAUACUGUAUUUAACAAGUUGCAAGUUUAUGAAAGUCAUUGUUUUUGAAAGUAAGUUUUAGAUUAAAAAACAAAAGAAAGGAAAAGAAAAAUCUUUUAAGGGGAAACAAUGUCUUUAUGUGUUUAAAGUUUCAAAAGGUAAUUUAUAAAGAAAUCAAAUAUAGUUAAAAAUAACUAAUCAAAGAUGAAUAUUUAGUGUAGAGGAACAUGGAUAUGGAUAAACUGUAGGGUAUUUUAUUUAUCUUUUUCUUUCAGCAAAGAUCUAACUAAAAUUAGAGAAAUGAUGUGUUUUAUUCCAGAACCAUCACAAUACAAACAAUAAUAUGUUGUUUUUCAUCUUGUAUUGGAUAAACACUAUUAAUCCCAUUAAUCCAUUCCUCUUUGCUUCUUCAAUUAAAAUCCUGUGUAUUAUAUAAAUACCUCCCUCUACCCUCUGCAGUGUAGGAGAAUCAGGGAAAUCUCAUCCCAUCUGCCGAAACAGAGAUGUAUCCUGUAUGUACCUUGCCAAUGAUGGCAACUUCUUUUCCUUUGUCGAGAUAUAAUACAAACCCCAGGUUGACACCAUUUAGUUCAUGAUAUCACUUCCAGAUUGAUAUUGGUGGAAAGGUGACUUAAUCUGGCUAAAUCAGAUGCAAGAGAUGGACUUGUGUUCUAUUAUUAGAAUAUGAAUUUCUUGUCUUUCUGUAUAUGAUUAGCAAAGCAUGCUGCAACAAUUGUUCUUAUCAGCAAAGAAAAAUUCUGAUAAGCACCUGGAAAUACGGCACCUGGAAGCCCUCAUGCCUCAGGACUUGAUAAAAGAAUUCAUUAUUGUUAAAGCAAGUUAAGAGCCAGGAUUACUGUUACUUGUCUUGAAAGCAUGUUGACAUCUCCAUUGUUCCAUAUGCCUUGUCAGAAUGAUCUCUGGCUUAGGGAAAACUUUUCAGCUAUCUGCUCUAGCACACUGGUGUGAAAGAUGUGUUAAGGGAGAGGUGAUAGCUUGAUCCUUAGUGCUGUCAGACAUCAGGUGGGUCUUAGAUAGCUCGAAUCAUCAGGUCACUUUUUUCAGCCAUGAGUAGUAUGCUCUACAGCAGUUAUUAAUUUAUAUAAAUGCUGUAGAUUUAAAAAUGGUAGUGAAGUGCUAAUUCAGAGUAUCUGAUUUAUAAUUCAGAGCAAUUCAGUGGGUCAUAGUUAAGUUGGCAGAAGUAUUCUAGUUAUCUCUCCAAAUAUAAUAAUUUUAAAUAUUGUUCACACAAGGAAAAAACCUAACAUCUUUCUCCAUAUCCUUAAAACUCCAGAUAUGAAUUUGAUCAUGCAGUGCUUGUCUUUCUGUGCCUGGCUUAUUUCACUUAACAAAGUGUCCUCCAACUUCAUCCACAUUGCUAAAAAUAACAGCAUUUUAUGGUUGAAUAUUGUUCUGGAGGGGUGGAUAGAUAGAUGAUAAAUAGAUAGAUGAUAGAUAGAUAGAUAGAUAGAUAGAUAUACAUUUAUACACCACAUUUUCUUUAUCCAUUUGUUGUUAGAUGAGCAUUUAGGCAGAUUCCAUAUCAUGGCUAUUUUGAAUGGUGCUUCAAUAUCCCUGGGUGCAGAUGUCUCUUUGACAUACUAAUUUCAUUUUUUUUGAUUACGUACCCAGUAGUGGGAUUGCUGGGUAAUAUAAUAGUUCUCUUUUUUAUUUUUUGUGGAAACUCCAUACUGCUUUUCAUAACAGCUAUACUAUUUUAAAUUCCCACCAACAGUGUAUAACAUUCCUCUUUCUCCACAUUAUCGUUUCCAUUUGUUAUAUUUUGUCUUCUUGAUAAUAUCCAUCAUUUAAACUGGGAUAAGGUAAUAGCUCAUUGCGGUUUUGUUUUGCAUUUUUCUGAGGCUUAAUGAUGUUGAGCAUUUCUUUAUAUAUUUUUUGGCCAUUUGUAUGUCUUCUUUUGUCCAUUUUUUAAUCAACUUUUUCUUUUGCUAUUGAGUUUUUUGAGUUCCUUAUAUAUUCUGGAUAUCAAACCUGGUUGAAUACAUAGUUUGCAAACACCUUAUCCUGUUCUGUAAUUGUCUCUUCGUUUUAUUGAUUGAUAAGAAGUAGGUUAAUUGUGCUAUAUAAGUGCAAACUUUGUCUAAAGGAGAAUAUGUGUUCUUUGAAGACAAAUGUCCAUUUGUCAAGCCCCCCCGUACUUACUUUUAUGUAGGAAUGCCAAUAUAGGAAGGACCUUUCCGUUUUGAAGCUGUUUGUGAGUAGAUUUUUCUCUUCCCACCAACUGGAGGCUAAAAUGUAAACCAGAGACCCAAGAAUAGCCACUCAUUCCUUGCAUUUUUAACCUUGCAAGGUAAGAAGUAGGCAGAGAGUCUGAAAUUAUUCCUGUCAGAUGGAUAGAUUUUUUGAAUCCAAUGGUAAAGUGGGAAGUGACAAGCUAAAGCAGAGCCCAGCAGCCUUCCAGAAAAUGCCUGUGCAUACUUUGCUGGCAGUGGCCAGCGGUCAUGACUGACAGGACAAUAGCCACAUGAAAAGCAGAACUUCCUUUUUCUGAUAUUGGUUCUGACUUGCUCUCUGAUUCCUGCCUGAGGCUGGUUCACCUACUUUUUUUUUCAAUUCUAAGAGCUGCGUUGUCCUUUUCCAACGCAUUCAUUUUUGCCUGCUUUAAAUUCCAAGUAAUUUCUAUUGUCUUUAAACAACUGCCUACCUAAAAUAAUUAUUAAAUAUAUAGCUAAAACACUAAAUUAAAUAAACUUACAUUGUUUUCCUUGCUGUAAGAAUUCUCUAAGCCUUUCUUAUUUUAAUACGCAUCAUGAACCUCCAGUUGAGGCAAUGUGCAACACAUUUUGAGAGACAUGAUCUACCUGUUGGAAUCUUAACAUUUAGAACAGAUAUAUUGAUCAGUGUAUAAUUUUUGGAUUAUCAAAGAUGGGAAUAAAAUUGAGCUAUAAUAUAUAAAAUAAGAGGAUUUAUACAUGUUUGUUUUUUUACUCCCCAUCUCACCUGCUACUUCUUUAUGGAUAACAGUUAUCCCACUUGAUGGAAUUUUUCUCUUUUCAUCCAUUACUUUUUUAUUUAAAGUAUUCCCUCUCCUAGGAUGUAAGUUUCUAUAGACUGAAAUGUUGUUAUUUAAUGUUAAUAAGCCUUAUUUUCAGGCUGCUUUACAGAAUUUUGGCUUUGUCUUUUGUUUUCUUCAUUGUACUUUUCUUACUCCACUCAGAAUUUGUUGACCUUCUUAAAUCUGCUUAUAUCUGUCUUCAAUCAGUACUAAAAACAUUCUCUAUUAUUUCCUUAGUCAUUGCCUUUGUCUCUCUUUUCCUGGUAAAGUUUAGACAUAUAUUAACGUUUAACUCUAUCCUUUGUAUCUUGAAACUUUUCUUCAAUAAUUUAUUUUCUUUCUUCCUACUGCACUUCGUUAAUUUUCUAGUAGUUCUCUGUUACUUCUAGCAGGUAUUUCCUUUCUAAAUCUACCAUGAUCAUAUUUGUAUUUUCCUGUGUGCAUCUUUAAGCCUAUGUUUUGUUCUUUAACUUCUGUCUGAUAAUUCUAUUAUUUAAAUUGUUUUUCUUGUCUGUCGAUUUGUUUCUGGAUGUUAUUAUCCUUAACAAUAUACUGAUUCUUCUCUGUGUAUGUGUGUCUCUCUCUCCAUCUCUCUCUAAACACAUGCACACAAACUCUCUCUCUCUCUCUCUCAUGUAUGCUAUAUUGCAUACAAAUGAUUUACCAAAAUAAUUGACUUUAUUUUUAAUACAGACCUACAAGUUAGUUACUUUCAUAUUCACGUUACAGUUGAGGAAACUGAGACUCAAAGGGAAAAAUGACUUGGCCAAGUUUAUACACCCAAUUAGUGUCAGGAUAGUUUAAGAUUACCUUGUUGUCUACUAUGGAGAUAAGUUCCUCCAGAAGUUUUGCUUAUGCAAGCAUUACCCAUAUCAGAUCAUCUUAAAUCAGGGUGAAAAUAUCAGUAUCUGAACAACUCAGAUUUGGUCCCAGACUUCAAGUAUGCUCAAGAGCUGGUUCUUGUUUUCUCCUUCAUUAGAGUGUAUUAACCUUAUGAUUCUAGCUUAGAAUAGCAAAAGUCUCUGGGCAGGCUCUCUAUAUUUUGUCAGCCAUAGACUAUAAUUUCUGUCUUUUUCAUCUGAGAAUUCUAUCUGAAUAAAAGUUAACUUGGCUUGCAAGGAAAAGUUCCCCAAAUUCAGUGACAGUUUUCCUCUUUGAGCUCCCAUCUUCUUUAACUCUUAUCAUGUUUUUCUGGUAGCUCUGUUCUGCUUCUUCGUUUGACUUCCAUUGAAUUGGGUAACUUUUUUUUUCCUCUUCCCGAUGUACAUAAAUGACUUAAGGUAUAUCAAUAUCACUAUAUUCUCUAUAACACACAAAUAACUAGCAUAAAUACGUUGCAUUUAGACAGUAUAGUCUAAAUACAAGUUCCCUGUCCUAUUUUGUAGGUCUUUGAAUGUUGUUUAAAGAAAUGCAACUAAGACAUGUUAAAUUUCACUAAGUUUAUUUGACCAAGAAAAAGGUUUGAGAAGUAGGCACCAUCCCAGAACAAAGAUUGUUCAGAGUGACUCCACAUCCAGAGUGGUGAGAUGUAUUUAUAACCAGAACAUAUAAAAUUAUAUUCAGAGUUUCCCUGAUUGGUGCAGUUCAAUAUUUGCCUUAUUUGGGCAUAAUUUGGCAGCAUUCAGCCUAGGAUUGACUAAGGGUUUGGCUCCUAUGAUUGGUUGAGUCUCAGUUGCUUGGUUACAAGUCCAUAUAUCUACAUUAGCUUACUACUUAUUUACACAUUAAGUUAGAGUACAGUCACUAUGUAUGGAUGCCGCUUUGGGCCAAACUUGAUUAGGCAAGUACAAUGGGCACUUUGAGCCAAACUUAACUCAGCUUAACAAUGUUCUCUAGUAUUUGUUUUACUUUAUUGUAUUUGUUUGAUUCAAUAUAGCAAAUGCUUCUUUAGACUUACCCACAUGUUUAUAUAUAUAUUACUGUUUUGCCUCCAUUGAACAUGCCUUCUACUUCCUAAUUUGUGCCAGAAUUGACUAGUAGACGCUAUGAAUGCAUCAUGCUCUUUGGCCCAUUUCGAACACUCAGGUAUGUCUGUACUCUUAGUUCAUCUAUUCAUCAUUGUUUCUACAGUUCCCUCAUGCUUUAAAAAAUAUAUGGCUUUUAUAAUUUAUCCAGCUUUUUCUUGUCAUUUUAAUAAGAGUAUGUGUCUUAUACAACUACUACAUUCAUCCCAGAAGUAGAAGCAAACUAUUAUAAUCCCAUGAUUUUUAUUCCUACUAUUCUCUUUUCAGAAUUUCUUUUAGAUAUUCCUUGGAUAGUUUUAUUCAAUCCUCCAUGUCUUUCAGCUUAUCUUAUGUUCUAUCUUUUGGUUCAUAUUCUGCAUUCUGGAUAAUUCUUCAUCUUCACUUUCUAGUUUGUUGAUAUUCCUUUUGGUGACUAUAAGCUGCUCUUUAAAAUGGUCAAUAAUGCCUAAGAUGUUUAUUAUCUUGCCCUUUGCAGAAAAAAAUUUUCAGCUUUUGCUCUGGAAUGAUUUUGCAUCUCUUCCACCAAACUUCCAGUGUAUCAAUGGCCAGAAAAUAAUCUAUAUGUUAAUUUGUUAAUUUGAUGGUUCAUGGUUCAAGGCUGUACAAUUUAAAAGUUUGAAGUCAAACAACACAUGAUGGAUAAUCCUGAUGUUACAGAUUCUCAGGGGAGAAUAUGUAUUUGUUUUUUCUACCAAUUGUUCUAGUAUUUACAGACAAACUUCUUAAUUAUACUGGGUUGGUUAAUAAGUAUUUUUCUUUACUCUUUCAAUCUAGGUCCAGCUAUGCAUCACCCCUUCGCUGAUGAGCAUUAAGAAAAUCCAAAUUUAUAAAUUGCUGGGUCCAUCUCUCUUGCCAUCCAGAAAAGUCAGAGCAACUGGUCUUGCUGGUUUUAAGUGUUGCCUGUGUUUCUGGCAUUGGUAAUUUUCUUUGUUUUCCUGUAGUUUUAGGUAUACAUAUAUAAUGACAUCUCCAAAAUUCAUCAAUAUUAGCAUUUGUUAUGAAGAUUUUUCAGGCAACUGGCUUACCAUAUGGCCUAAAUCUGAUUCUAAAGUCCACGUUUCACUUUCUCAAAUAUAAAAACUGUUUGCUAAUAAGCACUAGAAAAAUAUUUCAAAGAAGAACAUUUUGAUAAAUAUGAUUAUACAAUAUUCACUGCAGUAAAUAACCGUUGCAUACUCAAAGGAGUUUCAUUUGCAUAUAUAACAUGAGAUGAAAACCAAUGAUAAAUGGUGACUUUUAAUAAAAUAGAUCAGAAAUAGUAUCUUGUGCAAAUAACCCGAUGCGAGAAUAAUUAUCCCUCUAAUUAGUAAAAUUCAAUAAGAAGGUAGAAUUUUCAUUUACAUGUGAUCAAAUAAAUUUUUUACAAUACCUUUGCCUUUUGAAUUCUUUAAUAAAAUACAUCAGAAAUAGUAUCUUGAACAAACAAUCUGAUGUGACAAUAAGUUCCCCUCUAGUAAAAUUCAGUGAGAGUGUAGGAUUCUCAUUUACGUGAGAUCGAAUACCUUUUUUUUUUUUACAUUACCUUUUGCCUUUUGAAUUCUUUAUUGUUUUCAUUUAAGAAAUGUGGAAAUCUGAAACAAACUAUAUUCUCAAUCAUGUUAGAAAAAGUAUAUGUAAUAUGUAUUUUUUAAAGUCCAGUGGCUAAGAACUUAGACUGGGUUUUGAAAUAAUAAUUUCCUAACACAGUUUCUCAGUAUGUUUCCUCUAGACAAGAGAAAACUCUGUAAUUAUGAUUCUUAAUUUACCCUGGUAAUUUCAUAAGAAAAAUGAUUAAUUACUUUGAGCAAUCAGUUAUACAGAUAAUCAUGGUUCUUUAUUGAGACCACAAAAAAUAGAAAGAAAGCAGAGAAGCUUAAGCAUAAAAUAUAAAGAAAAAUUCAGUCAUUUAGUAAAAAUGAAAUCAGUGUUAAAAUAUUUCUUUUGACACAGUCAGCUAACAUCUUUCUAUUUUUGCUGAGUAACUAUUAAUUAUAUUUUAAGUUCAACUAACUCUUGACACAGCAAUGGAAUUUGAAGUGAAUAUACUACUUUGAAAAAUAAAUGGUGUAUUUAGAGUGUUGACAUUUAGAAAAUGGUAGUUUUGUGAAAUUUGCAAUGUGUUUUAGAAUUAUAAAUGCUAAAGUAAAUGAAUGCAUGAUUAUAUUUAAUAGAAUAAAAACAGAAGAAUUUUUUAAGUCUUGACGACCCAAGGCAGGGUUCUGUUUUAAGUAUUCCCCUUUCAAUCAACGUUACAGCUAUCCUAACUUAAAACUGCUUCAACUAAUAAUGUGUAUUUAUAUUAAAAAUGUAAUCCAUGGCUCUGAACCUUGGCUUCCUAGUAGAAUCACAUGGCAAGAUUUUAAGUAAUACUCGUUUCUUGGCUCUACUAAAGUCCAAUUAAAACAGAACUUCAGUUUUUAGAAAGAGGUGUGGGUAGUUUGAAAUGUUCCACAUUAUUCUAAGAUGUGGGUGAGAUUAAGAACCAGUAAGCACACCAGUCAGAAUGGCUAUUAUUAAAAAGUCAAAAAAAUAGCAGGUGCUGGUAAGGUUGCAGAGAAAAAGGAACACUAUACACUGUUAAAGGGAAUGUAAAUUAAUUCAGCCAUUGUGGAAAACUGUGUGGUGAUUCCUCAAAGACCUAAAAACAGAACUACCAUUAGACCCAGCAAUCCCAUUACUGGGUAUAUAUCCAAAGGAAUAUACAUUGUUCUAUUAUAAAGACACACGCACACAUAUGUUCACUGCAGCACUAUUCACAUUAACAAAGACAUGGAAUAGACCUAAAUGGCCAUCAAUAGUAAAGACUGGAUAAAUAAAAUGUUGAACAUAUACACCAGGGAAUAAGAUGUAGCCAUAAAAAGGAAUGAGAUCAUGUGUUCUGAAGGAAUAUGGAUGGAAUUGAAGGCCAUUAUCCUUAGCAAAUGAAUGUAGGAACGAAAAAACAAAUGCGACAUUCUCUCACUUGUAAGUGCAAGCUAAAUGAUGAGAACACAUGCACACAAAGAAGGGAACAACAGACACCGGGGCCUACAAGAGGGCAGAAGGUCGGGGGAGGGAGACCAUCUGGAAAAAUAACUAAUGAAUCAUAGGCUUAAUGCCUGGGUAAUGAAUUAAUCUGUAAAACAAACCCCCAUGAUGCAAAUGUAUUUAUAUAACAAACCUGCACAUGUACCCCUGAAAUUAAAGGUUAAAAAAAAGAAACAGGGAGCAUUGCUAGGCUAUACUGAGUAAGCACCAACUGCGCAUACUUAACCUAUAAAAUGCCUAAAAUAUAGAUAGUAAAAAAUAUGCACAAGAGUGACAUAAAACAAGAAUUCAGAUAUAGCAGUUGUUUUUAUUUGUUUAAGAAUAAAUUCAAAAUUCAGAAUUAUAAUUGUAUACUCUUAUAAGAGAAAACACAAUCAGAUUCAUUUUAUAUAAAAUAUAUUGUGCUAAUUUACACACUUUUUGAUCCCUAAUAAUAAAUACAACUCUGUUAGAUGCCUUAAAAGCAAUCUUUACAUUGCUUAGAGGACGUUAAAUAUCAAUUGUGUAUUUAAAUUUUCUACUUAUAUGACAGUAUGCUAUUUUUCCUUAACUUUGGGUAAAUAAUUUUAUGGUGUGAUUAAACCGAUCUGACAUUUUGAAAAAGGGCAUGUUUUUUAAUGAAAUAUAAAAGAGUUGUAAUUUUAGUUAUUCACUGUUGCACAAACCUACUUUUUUGGCUUCAUUUGCAAAAGGUUGUUGGAUAACCUUUAUCUUUUACCACUAACUUCUUACUCUGAUCCAAAAUAUUUGGCUUUUAAAAUUCUCCUUAUUUCAUUAUUUGUCUUCAUAUUUAAAAUAUCUUCUGUGAUAUUUCACUUCUAAUUUUUUAAUAUUUUUACAUAAAAAGAGAUGAAUACUGAUAUCCCUGAUUUUUAAGAGAGGAUUUUUAUUGCCCUGUUAAUUUGGAAAUAAACAUGCGAUAAUAUGAUUUUAAAAUGCUAAAGUGGAGCUCUAGUAAUUCAACUGAAAAUAGCAUUAUGAAUAAACUAUACUGUGGCAACUCUUUAACAUAAUAAAGGAGGACAUCAACAGAGCAGAAAAUUGAUGAAUUUUGGGAUAUAUGAAGCAUGUUGUAUCAAAUUGCCAGAGAAAGUAAUGAUCUUCUGUUACUGAACUUAGGUCACAAAGCCUACUGCCUGCUAAUCGGCAAGUGGACCUGUUUCUCUAACAAUGGCCCGAAACUUCACAACAUCAAAGGAGAAAUCAUUGCCAGCAAAAGCAUUUCCGGGUAGUAGGAAAGAAUACAAGUGAAUAACAUUAGUCCAGAACUUUUAAUAAUAUUCUUUGCUGGUUGAAAUUCAUGUUUAAUAUGAUGUAAAUUACUUGAUAAGCAAAUUAAGAACUAUGCUACUACAGACUCCAAAUAAGACGCAAGAAAAAUGAGAGGAAAUACAUUAAAGGAAAAUCUUAAAAAAACAGCUGCACAGAAGAUAAAUUGUUUUUCCAGGAGUUUUAAACAUAGUUGCUUUUGUUUGUUUGCUUUGCUAUUUUUUCUUAAUAAUUGUUUUAGUAAGCUCAGGCUGCUAUAUAAAAAUAAGAGAGGUGCUGGUCUGAACAAUAGACAUUUAUUUCUUAUAGUUCUUGAACCUGGCAAGUCUGAGGAGGGUCAUCUUCUGGGCUUUCAAAGGGCUGCCUUUUUCCUAUGUACGUACAUAGCGAAUAGAAAGCGUUAGCUCUCUGGUCUCUUCCUGUAAGAGCACUAAUCCCAUCAUGAAGACCCCAUCCUUAUGGGCUCAUCUAAACCUGAUUACUUCCGAAGGUCCCACCUCCAAAUGCUAACACAUUGAGAGUUAAGGAUUCAAUAUAUUAAUUUUGGGGAAACAAGACACAGUCCAUAUCAAAUAUAUAUAUAUAUAUGUAUAAUAUAUAUGUAUACCAUAUAUGUAUAUAAUAUGUAUGUAUAAUAUAUAUACAAAUAUAUAUAAUAUAUAUUACAUAUACCCAAAUAUAUAUAUUAUAUAUAUUUGUAUAUAUAAUAUAUAUAUUUGUAUAUAUAUUAUGUAUGUUAUGUAAUACAACUAUAUACACUCUACAAAGGCAGUGGAAUAUAGACAUACUUCAAUUGAUUGUGCUUUGCUUCACUUGGCUUCACAGAUAAUGUGUUUUACACAAAUUGAAGGUUUAUGACCACCCUGCAUCAAGCAACUUUAUUGGCACUACUUUUUAAUAGCAUGUGUUCAUUUGUAUCUCUGUGCCAUAUCUAGGUAAAUCUCACAAUAUUUCAAACUUUUUAAUUAUAAUUAUAUUUGAUAUGAUAAUCUGUAACCAGUGACCUUUGAUGUUACUAUUGUAAUUGUUUUGGGCACCAUGAAACACAUCCAUAUAAGACAAUGAAUUUAAUCAAUAAAUGUGUGUGUUCUGACUGCUCCACCAACUUAGACAAUUAGUUUUAGAUCUUUUAUUUAGACGAUGAGAAAAUUUAAACUAUAAAUAGGCCAGGUCUGGUGGCUUAUGCCUGGAAUCCCAGCAUUUUGGGAGGCUGAGGUGGGAGGCUCACUGGAGGCCAGGAGUUCAAAACCAGCCUGAGAAACAUAGGGAGACCUCAGCUCUACAACUGAAAAAAAAAUAGCCAGGUGUGGUCAUGGUGGCACCUGUCUGUAUUCCAGCCACUUGGGAGGCUGAGGCAGGAGGUUUGCUUGAGUCCAGGAGUUUGAGGUUGCGGUGAGCUACACAAUGAGCUAUGGUGGCACUACUACACUCCAGCCUGGGCCGUAGAGUAAGGCCCUGUCUCUAACUGGAAGUCCAAAGAGGGAUCUACUUCCAAGACUAUUAAUUUAAUAGAUCAACAAAUUAAUCAAGAAUAUGAUUUUUUUCUCAUCCUUCUCUGUAGUCAUAUUUUAUACAGACUUUUUGUUUAAGUAAUCUCUCUUUAUGGGCAGACAAUGAUUUCAGAAACACCACAAAUUAUUCUCAAAGAGAAAAGACGAGGGUUUUUUUUUUUUUUUUUUUUAGAAAAUGUAACUCUUUUCAGUAGCUCUUGGCAGACCUACCCUCACAUUUUCUUGACUAAAAACAUUUUAAAAAGUCAGUCACAAACAGGUGAAUUUAAAUUGAUAAUUUAAACCAUGAUAUGGUUUACCUAUGCUUAACAAGCUUUAUCCUCAGAGGUAAGGAUAGGGUUACUUUCCUGAAUUUUAGAUAUGUGGAAAUAUUUGGAGUUAUGUCAAUAAAUGAAAAAGUGUGAUGGAUGUAGUGCUUGCCAUGGAAUAUACCAAAUACAGAUAUUCUGAAAACUUUAAGUUCAGUAAUAUGCCAGGGGUUCCCAAGACCACUUGAGACCUGGUAAUUUAUUGGAAGUCUCUAAGGGAAUCAGAAGCUGUAGUACUCAUUGUUACAGUAUAUUACAGUAAAAACAGUACAGAUAGAAGUCAGCUAAGAGAAAAGACAAAUGAAGUGAACUCCAGGAGAAACCAAGUCCAAGCUCUCAGGUGUCCCCUCCCAGAGCAGUUGCAUGGGGACAUGUUUAAUUAUCCCAGCAACAAUAUGUAAAGUACAAAGCAUUGCCAAGCAGGAACACUCGCUGGAGCCUAGUUGUCGAAGGUGUUUACUGGGAUCAGUCGCAUAGUCAUGUAAUGCCCAUAUGAUUGACCUCAGCUCCAUGACAUUUAAGCACAACUUUCUUCCUACACCCAGAGUAAAAACAGAUGUUCACCUAAGUCACGUUGAUAACAUAACCUUUUCUGGUCGAACUGGGAGAGUAUGGCCCAAGACUUCAGGAAAACAAGAACACUUUUAUCAAGCAAAAUACUCCAAGGGCUCAGAGAUGAACUCCUAGUCUAAGGUCUAGUCCUGCAGAGGGACCCCUCUUUGGAAUGUAUAGUAUUUGAGCAAUUCAGGCCAGUCAAGUUAAACCUUUUCACCCAUGCCUAAAUGCUAUUUAAGAAAUGUAAAUAACAAUGAUGAGAUAGUUUAUUAAACAUUUUUAUGGAAAUACACAAAUAGUAUAUAGUUAAUUAAUUUUAACAAAGUGAUUGUACAUAUUUCACAAUAAAAUUCCCUUAAAUUACCAUCUGCUCCAUCUGCAAGUAAUUAUUAUUCUGAUUGCUAAUAACAUAGACUUUUUAAACCUAUUUUUGAACUUUUAUAAUAGAAUUAAUAUAUAUUCUUUUCUGGAUGGCUUCUGUUACUCAGAAAUGUAUUUAGGAGAGUCAUCAAAGCUCUCUUGGGUAUACCAUUUAUCCUUCUUGCUUGAUAAUACUCCAUGUAUGUAUAUAUAUGCUAUGAUGUGUUUAUUUUACUCUUGAUGGAUAACUGCAAAACUUCCAAUUUAAGCUGUUGUGAAUAAUUCUUUAAUAAAAAAUUUUGUACAUUUGCUGAAUAUGUGUUCCUGUUGGAUGAUAGUAGCAGAAUUAUUGGUCACAGGGUAUGCAUAUACUUAAUUUUAACAGAUAAGGUCAAAUACUUUCCAAAUUCAUUUUAACAAUUACAGUCAACCUGCAUUGUUUUAGAGCCCCGAUUGCAGGGUCAUUUUGGAUUAGUUUGUCUUUCUCUUACUGAUUUUAAUGGAUAGUGUUAGGCUGUAAAUAAAGUUAUUUAUGCAUAGUAAGAACUUUCUCAACAAAUUUUACUCAGACUUCUGCUCUACGCUAAGAACUAGCUCUGGAAAUUAAUUCACAGAAAGAACAUGGUUAGGGGCCAUCCUGAGGGAUUUACCUCACUAGGGAUAUAUAUUUACAUUUCAAGAGAAGAUGAGACCCAGUAGAUGCAUCCCAGAAGUUACAAAGCUGGAGACUCUAGUGUUAUCUUUCCCCUAGAGAGAUUUAUUUUUAUCCAAAUGGUUAGAGUAAGAACUCAGAUUUUUUUCCGUUUUGUGACUAUGGAGACACACUCAGAAGGGGGUCAGAGCAACUAGGUCACUCUUCCACAAAAAUGCUCAGGUUCUUUUUUCCAGAGUUUUUUGCCUACAGCAGAUCCCCUUACAUGUAGGACAUCUGGUUCUCACCACAUCACCACCACGGUAAGAAUUAGUGGAAAGGAGAGCUAGGUUAAAGGCAGCUGUUUCUUUCCUUCUCUGCAGCCUCUGGUACCAAGUACUGCAUGACAUGUGUCUCACAACAUUCCUGCCUCUGCACCUCUGUGCUACGACACUGGAUGAAUCCAUGGAGUGAGCAAUAGAAAGUCUCUGAACUGCCAGAAACAACUUCAUUUUACAUGGAAGUGGCUUUAAAUCAAGCACAUUAACCUCAAUGAACUGAAAUUAAAUAUGUCUCUAUUCAACUUCCCCUUAGCUGAAUACUAAAAGUGCUGUAGGCUGGACCCGCACUACCUGACAGGGAGAUAAAUGACUAAAUGCAAAUGGGAGUCAAAACAGGUGUGGCUUUUCUUAUUUUUAAUUAAGCAUCUUACAUAGCAAAUUUUGCAAAACUCAUAUGACCCCGAGAAAGACCCAUACACAUGAAAGGUCUUAAAAGAUUUAACUUUCUUAGCUUUAAUGUAAACUUUCCACUGGAUUUUCCCAUUACACUCAUUCCAUAAAGAAAUGAAAUAAUCAUAUAUCUCAUUAUAUAAUUAUACUAAAUUGAUCUCAACACAUUUUCUUAGCAAUAUAUACCAACAUUGUUUCCAAUAUUGUUUAUUACAAAUGAUGCUACAGUUGAAAUCUUUAUAUCUGAACGCUUGUGUGUGUGUGUGUACCUAUUCUGUGUAUAACACUGAUUUUAUUUAUUUGUAUAGGCCUGGAAGUGGAAAUACUGUGACAUAAAAUAGAGGCACAGCAAAUUAUUCAAGAUGUCGACAAACAGCAUUGUUUCCAAGUUUUUGUUCCCUUACAAUCCUUGCCAUUGGCCAAUCUCUCAAAAUCCCGUGUUGCUUAACAUUUGGUAGCUUAGUAAAUAUUUUAAAUCUCAGAGAUUUUACCUAACUGAUACCAGGUUUUUAAAAAUUUGUUUAUAUAGAUUAAGCGUCUUUGAAGAAAUAACAGUAUGCAAAAAAUAUGGUUGCUAUUCUUCAUGUUAAAACUAUCUUAAACUCUUUUCCAGAGGAAAAAAAUAACAAAAUAGAAACCAAUGAAGGUCUUUUGCUUGGUGAUUACAUAUAUUGAUUACCUGUGUAAGUUAAACAGAUUGGGAAAAGGAAAUAUCCAAAAUUGUGCCUAGAGUAUAUCAUGACAUCAUGUAUAUAUGUAAAUAAGUUAAUUUUUGCAAUCGCAACAUAGAGAAAAAUGUUAUUUUAAAUGAAUAAAAAUAAAUAGAACAUAAAGUAAUAUUUCAGCAUAUUAAAUUUAGGAGUAAAAACCUUUGACAUCCCUGAAAAUCUUUGGUAAAAAGUCCAGAUUAUGAUAACUUGGCUUUAAUGAACUAGGAAAUAGAUGGAUAAUAGCACACACAUUUUUAGCAUUGUACGGAUUAUUUUCACUGGUUGUAGGAUCAACACACUUGGUUUAAAUAAUGGUUCUGAGAAUUUAAUUAAUUAAUUUAAUUCAUUUUUGUUAGGAAAAUAAAUUCAUUUCUAGACACAGGAUAUUUUACAAUUGGAUCGUAUUUCAAAAAAGAAUCACUGUGUUUUUAAUGAACAAAUGUCACAUAAAGAAGUCUUUUCAAAAAGUGCUUCAAAAACUUAAAUUUGAAAUAUAUGCAACGGAUCCACAAGGUAUCUAAUAAUUUUUAUUUUUACCAAGCUCAUGAGUAAGUUAGUUAGCCCUGAAACAGUUUCGGAGAAAAAAAAAGUGUUUUAGUUUCUUCAUCUGUAAAAUAUUUAUGUUGCAAAUGAUUGAGCAAAUAUAUAAAUUUAAGCAGUUUGAUCCUAGAACUUGUUGUGUUUAAGAAUAUGGAUUAUUGAGAAGUACUUCACCAUAGUAUUUAUCACAUAGUAUGUCCUAAUUGAAGAUUAAGUAUGGUUGUAAUCAUAAUAAAGUAUUUUGAAAAUUCUUUUGAAAACUGUUUUAAUGAAUUACAGAUUGAACACUGAGAUAAGAUGGAGUUAUCCAUGAUCUUUAAGACAGCAAAAUUAGGUCUUGAAAUUAAAAUUGAAAUGAAUAUAAUACACAUAUAUUGAUUUUAUGUCGAUGUUUUAUAAUCAAAUCUGAUUAGAAAAAGGAAAUUGGUAUAAAGGUUCUCCACAUCUUCUCAGUCACCCUACUUCAUUUUCUAAGGGAAUUACGUUACGUACUUUUAUUUUAUUUCUUGUUAUAUAGCUGUAUCCUUUCCUUGAUUUCUUGGCUUGCUUCUGCUCUCUUCUGCUAUGCCUAUCCAUCAGUUUCCAGAGCUCAGAAAAACAGUUUUUAACAGCCUAAUAUAUGUAUUUGGCAAUUUCCUCCCAUAACUGUGAUUUAAUAUUCAUGGCCACAUAAAGGGUAUAAAAUAUUUUGCACUCGGUGUAUACACAUUUUCUUUAUAUCACUUUAUCUUUCAUCAAUAACUCAAUGGAAAUCCCGUUAAGAGAAUAUGAAUAGCUCUAGUUGGUAUUCAAUGUCUGCCUAACAUUUCAUGUUGACAAAUUAUCAUAAACUAUUCAAUAGAAGAAUUUUACUAACAAUAUAUCGUUAACAUUCUAAAAUAUUUUUGUAUAAUCUAGACUUUGGUGGGAACAAACCUUGGAACAAACUGGUUCCAAGGUUUCUUGGAGGGGAGUGGUGAAAAAGAAAUGGGGAAAUUUAUGUUUUUUGAAUUUGUCAACUUAUUGAGGAGGGGUAAGUAGAGAAAUUGACUAAUUUGCUAAGACAAUAGAAGGCAUCUUUAUUUCAAAUAGUACUUGAAAAUUAUGCAUCUAAUUGUGAGGUCAAAAAAUUGAAGAUACCCCUUAAUAAAGAAAUAAAGGAUAGAUCUUCCAAAAUAACAAGGAUGUAGUGAAAUGAAUAAAAAUGUAUCAAGUCAGCAGCAAUAAGGUAAAAAUAUUAGAAAAGUAAUGUUAAAUAGUUGUCAGAUGGAAGGAUAUAUUUGAGCAAAUAUUUUGUUAAAUAGAUGACAAAAAGGUAAUAUUUAUACAUUACAUAUAUGUGUUUGUAUGUAUGUAUGUAUGUAUGUAUGUAUUUUGAGAUAUAGUCUUGCCUGUCACCCAGGCUGGUAUGCAGUGGCACGAUCUCGGCUCACUGCAACCUCCGCCUCCCGGGUUCAGACAAUUCUCCUGCCUCAACCUCCCGAGUAGUUGGAACUGCAGGCGACCACCACCACACCUAGCUAAUUUUUUUCUUUUUAGUAGAGACGAGGUUUCACCAUGUUGGCCAGGCUGGUCUUGAACUCCUGGCCUCGUGAUCCGC